UCCAUCACAAAAGAAUGAAGGGAACAAUCUCUCUACAACUCAUAAUAUUUUCAAUCCUUUUCUUUUCAGUUUCAUGGGCAGUUCCUCCCCAAAUUCUUCUUGCCAACUUUCAACAAUGCCUUGCUAAUCAAUCCAAUUCAAUCUCAAAUGCCAUUUACACCCAAACAAAUCCUUCAUUCCAAUCUGUUCUCAGAUCAUAUGUCAGAAACAAAAGAUUCACAACACCCACAACUCCAAAACCUCUAGCAGUAAUCACAGCAUUGGAAGAACCUCAUGUGCAAGCAACAGUUGUUUGUGCCAAAACACAUCUCCUGCAACUCAGAAUCAGGAGUGGUGGACAUGAUUAUGAGGGGCUUUCGUAUCGAUCCGAUGUCCCAUUUGUUGUCCUUGACAUGUCCCAUCUCCGAUCCAUCGAUAUCGAGCUUGGAAAUGGUAGUAGUACUGCUUGGGUUCAAGCAGGGGCACUACUAGGUGAGCUGUACUACAAAGUUGCUAACAUAAGCAAUAUCCUUGGCUUUCCUGCUGGUGUUUGUCAUACUUUGGGACUUGGUGGACACAUUUCUGGUGGUGGGUAUGGUAAUAUGAUAAGAAAAUAUGGUCUUUCUGUUGAUAAUGUUAUUGAUGCGAAGAUAGUCGAUGUCAAUGGUCGAAUCCUGGACAGGAAAUCUAUGGGAGAAGACCUGUUUUGGGCUAUUAGAGGAGGUGGUGGUGCAAGCUUUGGUGUCAUACUUUCCUGGAAAAUAAAUCUGGUUCCAGUCCCAGAAAAUGUGACAGUCUUCAGGGUUCACAGGACUCUAGCACAAAAUGGUACCGAUAUCGUAUAUCGCUGGCAAGAAGUUGCUAGUAGAUUACCUGAUGAGCUCUUCAUAAGAGCAAUGCCGCAACUACAAAAUGGAACUGUGGAUAUUGCUUUCAUUGGAUUCUUUUUAGGCCAAACAAACCAACUUCUUCCACUGAUGCAAAGUAGAUUCCCUGAAUUGGGUCUAAAGAAGGAAGAUUGUCAGGAAAUGAGAUGGGUUGAAUCUGUUGUUUAUUGGGCAGAUUUGCCAAAUGGAACAUCCAUUGAUGCUCUACUCAAUAGGCCAAGUGAUGCUGAAGUGUUCUUGAAGUUCAAAUCUGAUUAUGUAAAAAACCCCAUCUCAAAACAAGGCCUAGAAACCAUAUGGAACAUGAUGAUCAAUACAAAAACCAAUAUGUGGAUGCAAUGGAACCCAUAUGGAGGAGCAAUGGAUAGGAUUCCAGAACCCGCAACCCCGUUCCCUCAUCGAUCCGGUAAUCUGUUCAAGAUUCAGUAUGCAGCAAUAUGGACUAAUGAGAGUGACAUUGAUCACAAUGUAGAUGUGAUGAGGAGGUUUUAUGAUGGUAUGACUCCAUAUGUGUCCAAGAACCCUAGAGAGGCAUUUCAGAAUUACAGAGACCUUGAUAUUGGUAGCAGUAAUAGUGAUAGAAUAGUGGAGACAAAUGCUACUGCUUAUGGGACCAAGUACUUCAAGAACAACUUCUGGAGGUUAAUACAAGUGAAGGCCAGAGUUGAUCCUUCUAAUUUCUUCAUACACGAACAGAGUAUACCUCUACACAAAUGAAAAUUUUAUAGGAAAGCUGAAAAGCUUAAAACCCAUAUGCCAUAUAAACAUAUGCUGAUGUACAUAUAUGCUUUGAAACAAUAAAACUCAAAUUUCAUAUUA